CGGGGCUGCCGCAGGACCGGGAGGUGGCUCCUGCAGGGCCCGGAGGAUCGCAGGGCUCGGGUGUCACCCUCCAGAACCCUAGCUGCCUUCUCUACCACCAUGGAGAGCUUUCUGGCCCCUCGGAGCGAGCUGGUGCUGCAGCAGGGCCAGGCCCAGCUGCUCCUGGGGAAGGCAGGCGGACACUCCCGGAGGAAGAGGGAAUUCAUGCCGGACGACAAGAAGGACACCAUGUACUGGGAGAAGAGGCGCAAGAACAACGAGGCCGCCAAGCGCUCGCGGGAGAAGCGGCGCCUCAACGACGUGGCCAUGGAGAGCCAGCUGGCAGCGCUGAGCCGCGAGAACGCCGUGCUCAGGACCGAGCUGCUCUCCCUCAAGCUGCGCUUCGGGCUCCUCAGCCCCGAGCCCAGCCCCUACCAGGGUGGCCCCCUCGGGCUCUACCUCAGGGGGCACCGGGCAGCCUCACCCCUGCUGGGCAUGGAGCCUUUUGCUGGUGACUCCUGCUGCCCUGCCCGGAUGAGUUUUGUGCCCAAGGUGCUGGAACCAGCUGAGUUUCCUUGCAAAGACUUCAAGCCCUCCACAAACAUCCUCAGCUGUGACUCCAAAGCCAUUCCCAUGGACACACCUGGCCUCCAGCAACCAAAGAGAUUUGAGGAAUCUUUCAGCCCCAAAAGGUUUGAUGCACCCUUCAGCCCCACAGUUUACUCUCCAUUCCUCAGCUACCCCUGCCCAGACAAACACCCCUUCCCCUGCCCUUGGCUGGGCAGCCCCUGCUUCUUGUGCCCAUCCCCGGGCACCGCCGAGGCCAGGAAGGAGAGCAGCACCGCGGUGUCGGAUGAAGAUGACGAGCAACAAGUGCCCAAAACUUCUCCCGUGCUCUCCUGCAGCCUGCCCUGCCCCUCAGAAGAGCAGCUGAAGGGCCGGAGCUUCGCUGCCCUCCCACACAAACUCCGGAUUAAGAGCAAAGCCCUGGGCAGUCUGGAGGAGACUGGGCUGGACUCACACUGAGGCAGCACAGGAACGGCUGCUGCAGGGCCAGAGUGAGACAUUCCAAGGACACAAAGGGUUUGGAAGGAUGAGGUGAGAGGGAAAUGUCUUUUCCUCCAAAGAUGGAUGUAAUUUUCCUUGCUCAGUGUAGAUGCUGAGGGAGUUUCUGGGGCUGCAUCACUACAGCACAACUGCAGCUGGCCAGGACACUGCGGUCACCCCUCGGUCUCACUGGUGGCUCUGCUACCAAAGCAAGCUCAGACUGGAGGUGUGAAGGGGCAGGAAGAGGCCGAGCCAGUGGGGAUGGUCCUCAGACACUGACACCAGCACAGCUGACAGUGUUAUCAACCACUGGAGUGACAUUUGCUUCAUCACUGCCUUCAUCCUCACCAACGUGCCUGAAGUCAGAAUUCCCUGACACAGGAAACUGUUGAUGGAACUGGUUUCAGACCUCUCAGCUGUCUGGAGAAAAUAAAAAGGGGUUGUGACUCUGGGAGUGUGGAUUUACACUGGCAUGGAAUGAAAGCAGGACCUCCUGCACUUUAUUCCAGUUUAUCGUAAUUUACCCCAAGAGAGAACGAACUCUUUCUCUGUGACCAGACAUGCUGUGGUCCAGAAGAUAAUUUCAUUUAUCUUGCAACUGUUAUUACAGAAGACUAAAUAUUAUUUUUUUAAUUUUUAUUAUUGAAAUGCAAAAAAUAUUUUAGUUUUGCUUCUUUUAAAAAAGGCAUUUUCAAACCCACUCUUCGUGUCUUUGGGAACUCUUUAUUAAACAGGCACAAGCUGCACAUGGUGCUUGUAUUCCUGGAUCUGCUGGGACCCAGUCCUUGUCCAUCCUGCCUUCUGCCUGCAUUUCCUUCGGGAAAGCCUCAGGGAGAGCAGCCUCCUGCUUGGAGCUGUUCCUCAAUUUUCAAGCCAAAGAGAAUUCUCAGGGAUGCACUCCAGGAACAGCUGUAACUUCCUCUCCUCAGAUCUUUCUUGCUUUUUCUCUUUUCCCAAGAAAACGAUGAUCCUGAAGUUCUGAUGUUGCUCUGUCUGUCAGUCCCAAACAUUUUUUGACAAGUUGGACAAGACCAGCCCAACCUGAUGAUUCCAUUGGCCC